AUGAACAAAACGACAGAAGUAAACGGCACGCAAUACACAUUACAGAUAUGGGAUACAGCCGGCCAAGAGCGAUUCAAAUCUCUCCGUACGCCAUUCUACAGGGGAACGGACAUUUGUAUUUUGGCUUACGCGAUUGACGACCGAAGCUCCUUCAACAACAUAAAAAUGUGGCUCAAUGAGUUCCUGCACUAUGCAGGCGUUAAGAAUGGUAUAGAGAAAUUCCCCUUCAUUGUUGUUGGUAACAAGUCAGACGUUUCGUCGAAAGACAGAGAAGUGUCACAUGAACAGCUGAGACAGUGGUGCGAGGACAAUAAGAUCACAACGUAUAUUGAAACUUCAGCAAAGACGGACAGCAAUGUAGUGGAAGCCUUCUCAAUGGCUGUACAAAGAUGGGCAGAUUUAGAACAGAAAGCGGAGAAGGAGCUAAGAAUGCUACACCAUCCUGAUACAGUGACUUUACACGGCUCGAACACGGUUUCGAGCUUUCGAGCGACAUGCUGCUCCCGAUUUAGCAGCGUA